AUGUGCAGUGUCGUUAUAGUAGAAGGUGAUCUGCAUCCAGGGGCAACACGUGGACGCAUGUCAUUUCUAUGUUUCAAUCCUUCUAUUGAUAAACUCAAUGAAGAAACAUCGACCCCUAGUGAAACCGAAUCAGCUGCUACAAGUUCUGGUAGGCAAAAUGAAUCUUUGAGAGAAAAUGGGUCUCCUCAAGGUAGAUCAGAGGACUUGGGAUUAGAAUCGCGAAGCAGUGAUUCCAAUGGCAAUCAUAAGAGGAAGCAACACGAUGCUGGCGCAGAAGCUAAGACUCCAAAUAAGUCGAGGAAGAGCAAUCAAGAUAACCAAGAUUCAAACUCAGCUAGAAGCCGCAGCUCUCAGAAGCUAAAUAAGCGUGAAAAGCUGGAUUGGAAUGUUCUCCGGUCUCCAAAUCAUCACAGCAAGAAGAGUAAGUGCUGCGAGAGAUAUCUGGAGUUGCGUCGGUGA